ACCAACAACCAAAAAAUAGCAAAUGUCAGUGGCUGGGAAGUGACACAAAACCUCCAAAAAAUGGCUUCUUCUCUUCAUCUUCUCAUCCAAGUCCAACCUCUCCCCAAUUUCCCUUCCAUCACUGUUCCUCUCUUUCCCCAAAAACCCUUCCAUAUCCCUUCCCUGACCUCUCUCAAACCCUCCAACAAACCCCUUUUCUCUAAACCCCUCACAGUCCCAUUUGCUCUCACUGAAUCUUCAGAUUCUCCAAACUCACUUCAACCCAACAAUAACGCUCAGUCCCUCCUUCAACAACUUGCAGAUAGCUUUGAUCUUCCGCAGGACUAUUUUUCACAGCUUCCAAGUGAUCUUCGUAUAGAUCUAAAUGAUGCGGCUUUUGACCUUUCGAAUGGGCCGGUAAUUGAUGAGUGUGGUCAAGCUCUGGGAGAUACAUUGUUAAAUCUCUCUCGAGCAUGGGAACUUGCUGACACAUCAACUUCCCAUAGUUUAGCAAGCAAGCUCCCUGGGUUGGAGGAGUCUUUGACAGACAAUGCCAAAUCAGCUGGUUUAGCACUUGGCAAGCGUUUGGUGUCUGCUGGAAGGAGGUUCCAGUCCAUGGGGCAGUUUGGUCAAGGUGAACUACAGAAGAUUGCAAAAGUAAUGAUUACAACUGGAAGGCUUCUUUCUGCAAGUUCAGUAUCUACAGCAGCUGAAGAACAAUCAAAGAAGGAAACCAGGAUGUUUAAGUUUGGGGAACUUCAGGUUGAAUUUACAUCAGAUAAAGCCUACAUUGGUGCUGCAAUUGGCUUUGCUUUUGGGAUUCUUUCAUGGCAACUAGGUCAGGGUGUUCAAAGCAUUCCAGAGAGUUCAUUGCAGUAUGCAAAUGAUAAUGCUUUGCUGUUGGCUAAGUCUCUGAGGGGAGCUCUACUUGCAAUCUGCUACUCAUCGGCAGUUCUGUCUGCUUUUUGUACUGUGGGACUUGUCUUACUUGGAAGACAACUGGACUCAAAGGAAUAUAUGUUCUGCGACGUGCCACUAAUAUGAGUGAAGUUCUCCUAUGUCAUCCAAAAAAGAA